AUGCCUGCGGUAUUUUCGACACUUGCAGGCGCUGACCACCCACGACUACGCAAGAAUGCGGCGCCACGACAGAAACCAGCACCACGACCAGCUGCUGCUCAACGGGAACAACGUGCGACCCACGCCGCGCGACAGAAGGAGAUGGAUGAUGAUGUUGCUAAGUGGUGGGCAGACACACAGUCAACCGCCAAGCACCUCGCCGAAAAGUAUCAGAAGAAGGAACGAUACUUCUACGACCUAUUCUUUCAAGGCGGGGCUCACAUGGUCCACUCCCGAGAAGCUGUCAACCCAUACAAUGCAUUCAAGCACGAGAAGGCCAUCGAGAACCAAAAAAACGGCGUGAAAGAGAAUGUCGAAGCACUGCAUGAAGCCCAUCAUGCUGAAUAUCAACAGCUAUCCGAGGAGGAGAAGAAUGAGCUGGUAGAGCGUCUGCGGAAAGAACGCGAGGAGAAUGUCGUUUUGCGUCGAGACACGCCGAAGGCCCGUGCCCAAGACGUUGCAAAUACCGCACGAAACAUCACACAGCUGAUCACCGCGCUGGCACGUCGCGUUGGCCUUGACGCAUUUUUCUGCCUGUUCCGUAACAACCCGGACUUCGCAAUGGAGCCAUACUGGUGGUUCAGCAACAAGGCUGUGGAAGAGUACAUGCCGAUUGCGACUCGAAAGACAUGGAAUACCGGUGAGGUGGGAUUCAAACUGGAGGCUUUCGCGAUUGCCGGUUGCGAUGCAUUAAAUUUGCUCCGGACAUCGAAGCAAAAGUCUGACUGGCUGAAGGCGGAGAUCCGAAUUCUGAUCAAGGAAAAGCUCGUUGCUAUUACAGGCAACCCAGACGCUGAGAUUGCCUACCGGUGGUUUGAAGAAGAUGUCGUCCAGAGAUACGACAUUGUCAUUGAUGGGUGGUGCGGCAUCCCCUUUGACAAUCCGAGCGCAGCCAGCACGUCGCUUGCAAAACUCCGCGAGACGGUUGAUGGACUUCGGUCUGGAACCAUUGUGUUCCGCAAGCUGACACUUGCCGAAGCCGCAGAACGUCGCAAAAAAUGGGAAGCUGAUGUGGCUGCGGGACUUGUUUCAGCGAAGAGUCAGAAGGAGCGAAGCGACAAAGGGGUCCCUCGAAAGCGGAAGCAUGCGGAGAUGGCAGAAGGAGAGGUCAACGGCAAUGGCGAGGGUGACAGCGACGCAGAUGAUGACGGGGUGACAGAGCCUGCUUCACGACCGAAGCGCAAGCCACGUCGUCAGGCCACGGGGAAGGAGAACACAAUGGGGGGGAAGGCUAACAAGGGGAAAGCAACUCAGCGCGACGAUGCAGUGACACGCGCAGCUGUGGCAAAGCUGAAAGCCAAGAAAGUUCUUAGUCCCGCGACCAUAGAGGAUAGCGGGGAUGAUGAAGUGUGA